AUGUUCCAGGACAGCUCUCUCACCGGCCUCUUCCUGCAGGUGGUUGCCCUCCUGACCAUGGUGCUGGGAGCCAGCACCUUCAGUGUGCGGAUCCGGAAGGACAGCUCCCACCAGACCAGCUGCUGGUCCAGCAAAGGGCAAGACCUCUUGGAGGAGUGGCUGAAGGGGAGCCCCGUGGUGGUGAUUCCUCCAGAGACAGCCAACCUCGCCUACCAGGAGGAGUCCUGCCGGGCCAGCGAGGACGGGCCCCUGAACAGCAGGGCCAUCUCCCCCUGGAGAUAUGAGUUGGACAGAGACUUGAACCGGUUCCCCCAGGACCUGUACCACGCCCGCUGCCUGUGCCCACACUGUGUCAGCCUACAGACAGGCACCCACAUGAACCCCCUGGGCAACUCGGAGCUGCUCUACCACAACCAGACUGUCUUCUACCGGCGCCGGUGCCACCGAAAGCAGGGUGCCCACAAAGGCUACUGCCUGGAGCGGAGACUCUACCGCGUGUCCCUGGCCUGUGUGUGCGUCCGGCCCCGAGUGAUGGCCUAGUGGAGCCCCCCCCAGGCCACGCCCCCAUCGGAAACGGCGACACCACCCGUGCCACCUCUGGGGCACAGACUCCCAAAUGCUCAGCCCCUUCAA